AUGCGCCUCUCAAAAGCAGCAACCUUUCUAGCCCUGCCCCUUCUGGCUGCCGCCACAGGCGCUGAUGCUCAAACGAAGCCUGUGCAGCCCCAGGCUGCUGCUCAGGCCGUCAUCGCCAGCCAAAGAGGAGCGGGCGCGUUCACGCAGUAUAUGGCCAAGUUCCAGAGCUUCCUGAGCAACAUCGUUGGCGCGCAGAAUCCGCUUGGCGGAGCGGAUGGCGAUAGCAGCAGCAGCAGCAGCAGCAGCAGCGCGAAGGCAGCGGGAGCUGGCAAGAAGAAGGUGAUGGCUGAGCCGAAGCCGAUUGCCACACUGACACUGGAGGGCUGGCGCGACGCGCUCUACGCGCCGGUCAAGGAGAACGCGACGGUCGCUGAGGAGUGGCUUGUGUUGGUGAGUGGGGGAAAUAAGACUUGCUAUGGCCGCUGCACAGCUCUCGACACAGCUUUCAACGUCUCCGCCCUCGAUCUCGCUAACCUGCCAUCCCCCUCCGUCCGGCACCUGCACCUGGGCCGCCUCGACUGCGACGCCCAGCCCAUCCUCUGCAACGUGUGGUCCGCGAACCCGGGCUCUCUCUGGUCGCUGUCUCUCCUGCCUGCUCCGGCGCCCGUCGAAAUCCACACGCGUUCAUUCAACCUGUCGCUGGCGGCGCCCACGCCUACCGCGCAGGACAUUGUCACUGCCUACCUGGCGCGCGCAGACCCGGAGGUUGAUGAGAAGGCUGAGAUCCCGACGCGGCGCCGCUGGCACCGGUUUGAGAAUGAGGGAUGGCUGCAUCCCUUUGAUGGGAAGCUGGCUAAGCUCGGGCUGAGCGUGCCCGUAGCGUAUUUCUUUUAUGGGCUCAAUGCUGUCCCGACGUGGGUUCUGAUGCUGGUGGUUUCGUUCGUUAGCCGGACAUUGAUCAACCGCCGCUUGGCCCCGUCAACCCAGCCAGGGGCGCCGGCUAGCAGCAGACGGUCUUGA